UUGCUUAGGAAGGGCCAACACACAACAGAAGAGCAGAGUAUGUGUGGCUGUAUGCACAGUACCCAGGACCAAGCACUCGACUUGGAAGAGGAGCCCAGUCCUCCUGCAGCCCCAACAUCCACUUUAGCACCUAGGAAAAUGCCCAGAAGGUCAGCGGCGCUUGACUCUUCUUUAUUGAGUUUCAUUAAAGUUUGCAGGUGUAUUUCCAAAGAGUUCAUAUCAACAAAUUCAUAUGUUGGACUCAUAGGACAAGAAACCAAACCAAAAUACAAAGACCACCUUUCUGAACUUGAAGAGCAUGUAGAAAAUAAGCUUGAUUUUGAGGAUUUCAUGAUCUUACUGUUAAGUAUCACUGUGAUGUCAGAUUUGCUACAAAAUAUAUGGGAUGUAAACAUUAUAAAAUAA